AUGACCACUAUAGCCACCAGUAAACAUUCCAAUCUUGCAUUAACUUUGGCACGCACAGCAUACAAAAUGGAAGUGGAUAAUUCAAUGGACAUUGAUGAUAAAUCCACAUCUUCUAAAUGUGCUGGAAAAUACAAAGAUGAUGAAGAAAAACCCCGUUUUGAAGUUAAAAAGUGGAAUGCAGUAGCUUUAUGGGCUUGGGGUGAUUAG